AUGGCUUUCCUUUACAAGGUGGCAAGUACUAUCUUUUUAGUAUUCUCUCAUAUUCUGAGCUACCAACUUAGUGAAAAAUUCAUCCGUCCCAUCAUAUUACCUUUGAUUUACACAACAAACAAUGCACGUCUUGCAUCGUUAACAAAUCGAAAUUUGCAGAUAUUACACAUCGAUCAUCACGUGGUUAAUAACCAGAUCGAUUCUAUAAAAGUUUAUGGAGAAAGCAGGUUUGUUAUUAUUGCAAUUGAUGUGAUCAUGUCGUUGUCGGUACAACUGAUUGGCUUGUUCCUUUUUGAUAUUUUAAGAUUCUGCGAUUUUUCCAUUCGACAUCUAGAUUGUUACAUCACUUUGGUAUUAUUAACAAUCGGAUUAGUUUAUGUGAUACCCGUAUACAUUCUUUAUAAAUGGAUACAGCCAACUCCAAACAACACAAAUCUUGUUGAUUACAGUAAGGUGAUUUUAGCAUGGAUCCUAGUCUUGGUUGUCGUUUAUUUGGCCACAAGCAAAGAGAUGUCAGGCACCUAUUUACAAUUAUCUUUGUACUUAGUUUCUCUAUUUGGUAUUUGUUGUUUGUCCAUUUUGAAUGGUAUUGGGUGUGUGAUGUCAUUAAGGGAGAUGUAUGAGUGGUUUCAUGGAAUACACGAGCUUCUAUUGAGUGGAAAAGAGGAAGAGUUGAUUAGGGAAUUAAAGUCUGAAAAUGUUGACCUAAUAAAAGCUGAAAGCUUAAGUCGAGAACUUGUGAACAUAAAAAACGGUGACAAAGGAAUUGGUGCACUCGUCACCUAUACUACCUGGAUAUAUAGUAUUUACAAAAUAGGAUAUGGGAUAAUACGAGUGAUUCAAUUUAUGAUGAAUAUUGUUCAGAAGAAAAAAGGUGAAAUUGAUGGUAACGGCGAUCUAUUGGCAUCCACGAUUGCACAUAUUUUAGGAUACAAUGGUGAACAAAUCACAAUGAUAAUAAAUUUUCUCAUUUCAGUCUCUUUUUUUUUAAUGUCAAUUCAGAAUGUAUUAAUUACUUUUAAAAACCUAAGGUUAGUCAAGAAAAAGCUAGUUGGUCUCGAGAUUGUCAACAAACUCCAGGUAUACAAUGAGAGCGUUGCCAUACUAGACGAACUAUACCAAGAAUUAAUUCCCUUGGUCCUAUGUGAAAUGACUGGUAUAUAUGUGAUAUCAACAGCAUUGAUGCUCAACACUAAGCUCCCCAUCCACCUAACGAAGUUAUGGAUAAAUGAGCAAGAGUGGAGUGGGCUAAAGAUGACUUUAGAUUCAUUGGACGUUGAUUUUAUGAAUGAUUGGUUCGACAAAUGGUUUGUCAUUGGUAGUACCGCUAGCAUCUUGAUUUUCACCUUGUUUGAGAAGAUAAUAGAAACAAGUAUAGUAUGA